AUGAAGAUUGUAAUCUUUGUUCUCCUGAUUGUUGGAGUCAGCGGAUACAAAAAGAAGAAAGAAGUCAAUCUUGAAGAUUUCUAUGCUAAAUUCGAUCCUGAGAUCUACGUCUACUCUGCUGCAAGAAAGUUUGAUUUCCCGAAAGAAAAUGGAAUCCAUUUUAAAAAUACUCCAGAUUGCGGAGAUUUCAAAAAAUUCCCCAACCCGAAAGAUUCAUGUCCUGCUCCAAAACGCAUCGGCUACAGCGGUGACUUGGUUUCUGAUUGCAAGGAAAGAAAAUGUAUUCAGAAAUCCUCCUACGGUUCAACAAAAUGCAGAAAAGUGGUUCGAUUAUUUAAGCCUUUCCCUCACACUGCAGUUGAAUGCAAGGAAAUGCUUGCAAGCUGUAAAUUGGUAAAACCCCAUGAUGACAAAAAGUUGUACCCGGAACCCUCAAAAGAUGGGAAACCACAUUUGUAUCCGGAACCCAUGAAAGAUGAAGAACCACAUCUGUAUCCCAAGCCAGAGAAAGAUGAAAAUAGUGAAGAGAUCUCCUGUAAAUGCUACACUAUAUGGUGCUUCCGUGACAUAUACACAAUCUACGAGGAGAACGGAAAGUUUUACAAAGGAGAUGUUGUUAUAAAGAUCACGGAAGCACCAAGUAGUGAAGCACUUGCAAGAUACGUCUUCAGAGUCAUCAUUUUUAUUUCUGGUCCAGGAUUGAAAUCUAAUUUUUUGAUGUUUGAGGGAUCCGGAUACAAAUCUGAUUUCUCGUCUUCUGGGGGUCCCGGGUAUAACUCUUUGUCAUCGUGA